CCUACAGAGGCAGUAUACCCCCGAGUGCCCAGACACUAAGACUGAGAGGCAGGAAGGCUGGCUGAUCCCCGAGUGCGCCAGCUACACGCCAGUCUCCCGGAAGGCGUGCUCCAUCUGACCCUUUAAUUCCUCCUUUCUCUGAACUGCGCCCAUCACGAAAACUUUCUAACUUAAGAACCAGGUGGGCUUUCUCCCGCCAUUUCUCCCAAUCCCUUUUCCGUUCUCUUUCAGGGAAGGCCCCUAAGAUUCUUUAUGGAUUUCCUAAACCAAACCACCUGCCAUGGCAGAUCCCUCACAAUAUUGGUGCCAGGCGACUUUUACUGAUACUAAAUGAAUGCCCUUUUUCUGACACGCCAACCUGGGGAUUCCAUUCCUUUUACCUGCUUGUGCCUCCCAAGAUAUGGGGGCUUUUACCCUCAGGUCCGCUACCAUGUUGGGCAAAGCUAUGGCAGAACCACCUCCAGAAUGCUGACCGACCCUGAAGUCCGCAAGAGCCCGUGCUCUGUUCUCGCACCUCUGAAAAGACCCAAGUUCAUUGAAGACUUCACCCAGCAAAAACUCCCUGGGCAAGACAGGAUGGAUCAGUUCCAGUCGUACAUCCCGGGAUACACAGGCUUUGUACCCUACUGUGGUUGCUUUCCUAUUCCAGGUCAAGACCUCCAGCCCCCUUUGCCAAGGGGGCUUCCCCUGCCCCAUCCUCCCACAUGGACAGAGGCCGAUUCAGUGCAACGGGCAGCUCAGAGGAAGGUCACCCCCUGCCAUCCUGGCAUCCGGCUGGCUUGCGGGCCGGGAUGGAGGCAGUUUGCAGCCACAGCCAGCUCCCAGCUGGUCUCACCGAAAGGCGACCAGAGGUUUCUGUGCCAUCCAGACAUUGCGUUGGUGUGUGGUCAGGAGGAGUGCCGAGGGCCUUGUAAGGCUGGCAUGUCCUUGGUGUGCGGGCAGGGCUGGAAGGGGCCUCCUUGCCGCCCAGGAGCUGAUCAGCCAACCAGGACCGAAGGAGUGCCUCUGCCACUGCCAACGGAAACGGUUGAUGUCAGGCGGUUUGACCGGACCCCCAAGCUGGAUCUGCCCAACCUCAUCCAGCGAAAAGCCAUCUCAGGAUAUGCUGGAUUUAUCCCGUGCUUCACCUGGAUUAUGGGAGUCAACUACCUGAAGGGAGUAAAAGAUGCCAUGAACAAUUUUGAUAGAAACCAGGAACGGCUGAGAAAUCCCAUGUACAGCUUUGGCCAGCGCCUGCCCCGCACUUACUGGCCUAACACAAAGAUCUACACCAGCAGCGGCUUGGUCCCAUUCUACACAGGGUUUGUGCCAACUAUCCGGCAAAGUUAUGCCCUAACUUUUGGCAACAGCACCCGGAAAGCUUACUAUGACGAAUUGGAGCGGAGACAACAUACAGGAUGAAAAUGUUUUUAAUGUCUGUACAGCAUCAGACAGGUGACAUAAAGAAAACGCAGCACAAAGAAACAGAGAAGAGGUCUGGAACGA